AUGUAAACGAAAUCUAUUCUGGGUGGGGUCGGUUGUGCACCCUGACAAGGCACAUUCGGUCUCUCCGUGACCGUGGCGUUAGUGCUUUAUGUUUACCCGAGAACGGCUGCGGAUUGUGUACGGCUCAUGGACGCUGUGAUUCACAAUGUAAAGGCGACAUCAUAAAUCAAUGAAGGAUUAUUGUAGAGUACACAUUAGUGGAUUAUCGCCCGGAAUCCGGAUUAUCAUCUGUAUAACUUUGCUUCACCAUGUAGUACUGUAUACGCAAGCUGCUACCCCCUACCCUCUCUCCGGAUGUGUGUCCGGUCGAGAUGGCAUCCUCAGCAUUGAUGAAUUGGACAUCGUUCUGAAAUGGAUGCCAGAUACGUUCACGAACCCGGAUGACAUAUGUGAGACACAGCUCGGCGAGGGAUCCUAUCUCUGUCGAGAUGAGUACAGCGGGAACUACAGCAGCAUCUGUGGAGGGGUGUGGUGCGGGGACCCUUCCAGCGGACAGUGCACUCUCGUCGACGCCAAUGACGGCGUACAGUGUGGGAAUAAGAAGUGGUGCCGUAACGGGGAGUGCCGCUUCUCUGAUCAAGCCGUCGCCAUUCCAAAUUCCUGUCCAUUUGGUGACUCGCCAAUGACCAGCGGCAUCGGAAUAUCGUGUCCGGAUAUGAUAUCACGUGACAAGAAGUUAUGCUAUGACGCAACCAUAGAACAAACGUGUUGUCAAUCUUGUCAAGCUGUAAGCAUCUUCUUGAAAGGAUGCAACUAUGGUGACAGGACGGAUGGGUGCCGCAGAGACGAUUGUUCACUGAUGACCGCCGAUGAUCUGUUGUCGUGCUGUCAGACAUGUUCAAAUUUUCUUCCGACGGAAAAACCACCAACGACUUCAAUCACUCCAAGAACCAGCCAAGGUACAACCCGAUCAGCGAUAGAACCGUCUACACGAAUACCACCAAUUGAUCAGAGGACCACGGAGAUGUCUCGGCCAUCGAGAACGCACACUUCCACAUUCAGUACUUCACAGGACGUUAGGACAAAUAAUGGACAAGGCACUUCAACAUCCCGGACAUCAGCCACAAGGACCACGUCACCAACAACAAACAGACCACAGUCUACCGUGAAUCUUCCAUCAGAAAGCACAACACCUGUACAAGCACCUGAUACAACCAGUCAUCGGCCUGGUACAACAGUAAUAACGGCGGUACGUACUAGGACAACAACGGCACAAGCACCUGAUACAACCAGUAAUCGGCCAGGUACAACAGUAAUCACGGCGGUACGUACUGGGACAACAACGGCACAAGCACCUGAUACAACCACUGGUCAGCCAGGUACAACAGUAAUCACGGCGGUACGUACUGGGACAACAACGGCACAAGCACCUGAUACAACCUCUGGUCAGUCAGGUACAACAGCAAUUACAGGAGGACGUACUGGGACAACAACGGCACAAGCACCUGAUACAACCUCUGGUCAGUCAGAUACAACAGCAAACACAGGAGGACGUACUGGGACAACAACGGCACAAGCACCUGAUACAACCACUGGUCAGCCAGGAACAGGGGUAUCUGGCUCACAGCAGGAUAGUCCCAACGUUGUUGCUAUGGGAACAGGCAUUGGGGUCGGAGCAGCUCUUUUGAUAGCUGUCAUUGUAAUAGUUGUCUAUGUCGUAAAGAAGAGAGUGACGACGCCACAAGCACCGCAGAACAUGGAAGAUAAUCAUUCCAUAGGCGGGGAUUCAUUUACUCGUUUGACCGCAGAUAUGAAUGCUGCCAGCACUACGUGGUAUCCAAGCUAUCGAACAUUCACCAAUAUGGUUUGACCAUUGCAUUGGAAGUGACCAGCGACAACAUUCAGCGCAACUGUUUGAUAUCUCCCAUGAACUGAAUUAAAAACGUUCAUUGAUCUUAAUCUUUGACAGGGAAACAGCCUCAAUUCACUUCAGAUAAUUGUGCUGAUCUUGUUUUGACGUGUUCAAAUGAAAUAUCCAACACUGCAUUGUGUGUUCUCUUAGUGAUCAAUGUUUCGUGUGUACCCUAAAUGCUUCUUUCAUCAACAGUAUUCAAACCUUUCAGUCUUACUUUCUUUGAUUAAGUCAACAGCACCACAUCUUCACCAUAUGUGACUAACAUCAAAUACACAUCCUUUUUUGAAAGAGGCAAUUUGAAUAAAUGUUUAAAAGGAAAUUCUUACUCAUUUUGGGUUUCUCAAAGACUUCUUCGGUGCAUUUGACUGGACCGUUGUCAUGUCAGGAGGUAACGUUAGGCAUUACUGACUAUGUCUUUCGAUUUCCAAAGUAAAGUCAGUGCCAAUGUUAGUCUUGUAAGUGUCUUCUACUUGAUGGUUAAAGCGUUCACUCGUAUCCCCUUCCGUGAUAUUGCUGGAAUAUUGCUCAAAAGGCCUAAAUGCUCACUCACUCAGACAUUUCUGCUUUACCGCCCUUCUUUUGUAAUGUCCCAUUGAACAUUCAGUAUUGCUUUUUCUUUCUUGGUACACUGCACUGGGGAUUUUGGUGAUAACGUACUGUGAACUAUGAUUAAGUGGUGUUGUUAGUGUUGAUUAGACAUAUAGACGUGCGAUAUUUUAAACAAUUAAAUUCUAUUUCUACCUGAAAUAUGUAAUAAUUUGAAAAAAAUACUUGAAUUACAAAAUAGAAUUUCUUAUACGUUUCCAGUUUUCAUAUUAUUCAGAAAUAUUUUGAUAUUAUGUAGAACCUUCAUACGCAAUCCUUACACUGGAACAAAAAAGUGAAAUAUCUGCACGGUUCCUGUUAUUACGUGUAAGGCUCAGAUGCCAUUACGCCACUGUCCAUGUGAGUGCCUAGACCUGUGUAAUUAUUAUUACCGAUAUAAUUAAAAAGUGAACACUCAAA